AUGGCGCCGUCCUCCGAUACUAAUGCGGACGCGUCCGACGAGCGAAAAGACUCCGAUCUCGUCCUCGAGAAGCCGGACAAGAUCGGCGACGCGGACUUCGCCAACUACUUCUGCACGUACGGAUACCUGUACCACCAGAAGGACAUGCUCGAAGACACGCAGAGGAUGAACGCGUACUACGACGCGGUGAGGAAAAACCCGCGCGCGUUCAAGGACAAGGUGGUCCUAGACGUGGGCACGGGCAGCGGAAUCUUAGCCAUCUGGGCGGCGCAAGCUGGCGCGAAGAAGGUCUACGCCGUGGAGGCCACCUACAUGGCGACGCACGCGCGGAAGCUCAUCGCCGCGAACGGGCUCGAGAACGUCAUCACCGUGAUGCAAUCCACGGUCGAGGAGGUGGAGCUCCCGGAGAAAGUGGACGUGAUCAUCUCCGAGUGGAUGGGGUACUUUCUUCUGAGAGAGAGCAUGUUCGACUCGGUCAUCGUCGCGAGGGAUAAGUGGAUGAAGGAAGGCGGGGCGCUGUUCCCGUCCAACGCGCGGAUGUUUCUCGCGCCGAUUCGCACGAACACGGCGAACCAGAAGUACAACGACUUCGAGGACUCGUGCGGCGGGUGGGACAACUUCGUGGACGACACGCGGGAGAAUUACGGCGUGGACAUGUCCGCGCUGACGGACACGUUCGAGAAGGAACAGCGCGAGUUUUUUCUUAACACCUCCGCGUGGGUCGACAUCAACCCCUCGCAGCUCCUCGGCGCGCCGUGCGUCGUCAAGGAGUACGACCUGAACGUCGUGACGCUGGAGGAGAUGAAGAGCGUCGACGCGCCGUUUUCGUUGACGGUUUUGGACGCGAUGGGGAACUCCGAGGUGGGCGCGUUCGCCGGGUGGUUCGACGUGCAUUUCAAAGGGAGCAAACAAAACCCGUGCGAGACCGAGGUUGAGCUCACGACCGCGCCGGACGCGAACGGGGCGACGCACUGGGGGCAGCAGGCGUUCUAUCUCGAGCGCGGGAUCAAACCGAGCGACGGGGGCGCGGUGUGGGGUCGUUUAGAGAUGAAGCGGAAGCGCGAGAACCAGCGUCUGUACGAUUUGAAACUCACGUGGGAGCAAGGGGAGGAGCAGGGGAAGCCGAACGAGGAGAUCGGCGAGAGCAGCAACGUGUGGCACAUCGAGUAG